CAGUCCUUUGAGUUUUCCUUAAGCGAACAGUUCUUCUUAAUGUUAUUAUAGUGGUAUUAUCUACUCAGCUGUAAGUUUGUAAAAUAAAAUAAAAUUCAGUGAAUUCUUGUUAAAUACAAGAUGAACAAUUCAAUCGUUGUGAUUGCUAUUGCAAUCGCAACUCUUCUUUCGUGUGCAUUCGCUCAAAAUGAUCGCCUGUGCAAACUGCGUAAAGACCCAAGCGUGACGUACUACUGUGUGGAAGGCGACGGGUCUCGCGUCUGCGAAGAGUCUGUGCCAUCGGGGACUGUGGUCCGACCGGAGUGCUCUGCUCCCGUAUACUACUACUCGGGAACUUUUCCUUUCAUGCGUUGCAUUGAUGGCAGUUGGGACUACAUUGCUAAGUGCCUGCCAGAAUGUGGAACGCCUUCGCCAAUGCCGAUACCCCUGGAUUCAGGAUCCGACAGCCCUGACAGCACUGAGCUGCCCUGGCAUGGUGCCGUGUACAAGAAGACCACUACCCCUUAUCAGUUCCGCUGUGCAGUUACUUUGGUCACGAAGAAAGUCGUUUUAUCAGCUGCACAUUGUUUCUGGGACGGGGUCAAGGAAACUGCACUGAAGGCUGAGGACUUCGCGGUGGCUGUCGGCAAGACUCACCGGCCUUGGGCCGCCCCAGAAGACCAGCACGCACAGAAAUCUGACAAUGAUGAUGAUGAUGAUGACCUGCUUUGUUCGGCAUUAAAAAACAUAUUUUCUCAGGUCGCUGAAAUAAAACUGCCAGCCCGUUUCCGUGGCGGUGUGACGAACUACCAGGACGACUUGGCAGUGCUGGUGUUGGCCAAGGAGAUCACCUUCAGUCCUCAUGUUCGACCGGUGUGUCUGGACUUCAACGUAAUCUUCGAGCGACAGCAAUUAAAAGAAAACUCCCUGGGGAAGGUCGCCAGUUGGGGUGGAAUAAAGCCGAGCAAAACUUACAAAGUCACCGAAAUGAUGUAUUUUCCUAUCGAGCAGUGUAUCGCUGAAUCUCCUCCAGAUUUCAGAGAGUUUCUAACUUCAGAUAAAAUCUGCACUGGAUUUACAAAUGGAACCGGCCUGUGCAGAGGUGAUGGUGGUGCUGGUCUCUCUUUCCCUUCCAUGGAGAGAGGCAGGACACGCUACUACCUCCGCGGUUUAGUUUCUACAGCGCCUACUUCAUCCGAGGACUUCUUGUGUACAGAGAACUCUUUACAAACGUACACUCAGAUCUCUAAGCACGAGCUAUUUAUUAAGGAAAACAUCAACACAGCAAAAUAAUCAACCCGGAAAGGGAUCGUAACCGUAUCAACGCGAGGCGGUCAGUAUUCUUUGUAUGAAACUCCAUACUGCAACGCACACUUCCGAUCCGUAACGUAAACGCCUCGCGGUUGACAGUUGCGACAACCCUUUUCCGAGUUGAUAAGUCUGCUAUGAUGACUUUAAUAUUGUUCUGAGUUCUUUUCUUCUUUAAUGUAUUUUUGAUAGUAUGUAGAUUAAAAAACACACAAUAAUUUUAAGUAAAAUUUCGGGCUACCGUAGUUAUUCGCUCUCUCCAAUUGGCGCCACUCUUGUAGCUUUUGGGCUGACACUGUGUA